GUUAGGUACGAGGUUAGCCAAGAACGUAGUGGGUCACCCACGCCUAGUGAUUUGAGUUCUCUAAUUAAUAAACCGUGAUGCAAAAUAUCUUUUUUUUUUUUAAAAAUCAGUUAUAAUCACAUCAAUAAUAUUAUGCAGUGGUUGGGCGACACUGUCGACCAUGUUUACUGAAAUUUAAAAUGCUGAAAUGCGGUCGAAACUGAACUACUGAACAGUGAACAAUUGUAAAUUGUAAUUCAACCCUAUAAAAACGUUUGUACCUAUCAAAAAGAGUUGAGUUUUGUAUUUAAUUUUUGUAGAUUUUAGAAAUUCAAUUCAGUUGUUAAUUAAUUUUGGAACAGUGAACACUGAUAGAUGAUAGUGCACAUUCUAUUAUCAAUGGUGACAUGGUGUACUGCUCACUAGUCGUCCAUGUUUAGGAGUUUCAACGGGCAAUCCAGACUGCUGACUUCUACAAUUUUGAACACGUUAUUUAAAGAAUCGGGACCUUUGAGGUUUCGUGAGAAAAAUAAUCAAUUUGUUUGUCUACAUUUUUCGGAUAUGACAUCGCUAACGACCAAGGUAAUUGUAGCGUAGUGAAUGGCGUAGCUAGGAUGGAUUUAGGUUGUAACCCCCUCAUGGCUAUUUUUUAAACUAUAGUUAAAUUUAAGAAGGUUUUUAACCUCUAAACCCAUUUCACCAUUGAUAAAUCCUGGCUACGCCAUUGAAUACUAUAGUGCAGUAGUUAAUAGCCGGUAUUUUUAUUUUUAGACAAGUCGUAAGUGCAAACUAUUUUUUUGACCCAUUUUUCUUUGGAAUGCCUAUCUACAUGUACGUUUUUAAGUAAUCAUAAUGAUUUCUCCUUUCUCUUAAUAUUCUUCAAUGGAUGUUUUUUUUCAUAGAUCUUAUGAUAGGUGACGGAUUAGGCUGACUGUAAACACAGCAGUUCUUUGACUUGUUAAAUAUACGUAUAUGGUAAGAUAUACAUCAUGGUAAUAUUAGAACGAAAAUCUCUCGUUUGUUUUAAACUGACAAUUGUUUUCCGCAAAGAUUCGUUAUAUAAAAUCAGUUUUAUUUGUUAUGUCCUUUUAUUGUCAGUUUAAUAAUCAAAAUUCUUAUGUUACUAUAAAUAAGGUGUAAUAUAUUAGUUAUAUACACAUGUAGAUUUGCAUAUUUCCAUUUUCAACCAAUUUGUAUUGUUGUUAUACUUAUGAAAACCUAAUGAUUUUUUUGUGACAUUUUUGUUAUUUUAUUAUCUUAUUAUUCGACACAACCUGCAUAACUCGAUAUAUUGAUACUGUGUUGUUUGUUUAGUGUUUAUUAUUAUAAUUUCUUUUAUCUACUCUAGUAUUUAUACAAAGUCCGAAACGAUUAAAACAGAAAUUCAUAGAUCAGUAUUGUGUUCUACCGUAGUCUUGUGACAUGAAAAUGAAGUAUAAUAUAUAUUUUAAAACAAUUUUCUCGGAUGUUUCAAGUUUUUAAGUAUAUUGUUUUAGUUUUCACUGUUUAAUAUGACUAAGUGAUUCGUGCAAACAUUUUUCUUUUUUGUGAACUCAUAGUCAUAAAGCAGUUUCAAUAAUUUAUUAUGCAUUCAAUAAUAGGAUGUACUAGAUAUAAAUUCAGAGCACAAUUGUUAUAAUUAUAAUAUUUACCCUAUAAAUUAGACGUUAUUAAUUAAUUAUUAAUCACUAGUUUGGUAAAUUGAAAUUUGUUCCAAAUUUUAAAAUAUCUAAUUUUUCCAAAAAUCUCAUAGUACUGAGUCCUGUACAUGUCAGAUUAUCAAUAUAUAGGCCUAUCUUACACGGUGCGACCAUUUCUCACCGGGAAUAGGAAACCAGUUGCACAAGCGAUUGUUUUAUGACUUCACACUUGUAACAAAACAAAGAGCUGCAUACUUGUCGACUGAAACAAGACUGAUCAUAAUUAGUUUCCAACCAGUCACGUGUGACUGCUUACUGAUUACAUUUUAUCUUCACUUCUAUGGUUGUAUAGUCUUAUUUUUGAAAUAAUUAUAAUAACGACUGAUCAUAUAAAUAACAUUAAACUUGUUGAAGAGGUGGACAAACAUGCUUAUUAAUAUUUUUCUUUCUGCAGAAACACUACAGUAUGUAGGUUAAAUGUUAGGAGCAACCUACCUUACAGAUUUUUGAUAAGAAUCUUUGAACAUCAUGUAAAAUGCAAUACAUUUUUCCAUCAGAUUGAUUUAAUUGUUCUGCUGCUGUAAACAUUCUGCAAUUGAUAUUUUUCUCUAUUUAUGGAUGGUGCCAAUAUUUUCUUCUUACUGCUCUUCAUUGUCUACGGUAUUGAUAGUAGUCAUUAAAAUUAUCUUUAUUAGAAUUAUUUGACUUGUUGCAAAACAAUCUGCACCCUCUUAUCACACAAAUUCCCAUAAAAAUGAUUAAAAUUCUAUCGUGUGCAGGGAGAAGAUACAAAUUGAUUGCAAACUAGUUGCCAUGUGAAUAUUGUACAAAUAGUUUGAGAUUUCUGUUGCAAAAUGGUCGCAUAGUGUGUGGAGGUCUUUAUAUAUACUCAAUAAGAAUUUUAAUUGGUAACUUGCGAGUUUGUAUUUGUAGUGGGUUGAUUAAAUUCAUGACAAAAAAAUCCGGAAUCAUCUUUAAUUCAAACUAGUUUUAAUCUCAUUCUUACAUACAUAUUUUAAACUUGAGCUAUCUAUCAUUCUUGAUUCUUAACUAUUACAAAAUUUGUAUUCAAAUAGUAAAUGUGGACCAUUGAUGAGACCAUUAUAUAUUUGAUUGAUUUCUUUUUUACUUAUUAUUUAAAAAAAAAAAAAAACAAUUUUCGUUUGAUAGAAUUUCAAAUUAAAAUUAAAUUAUUAGUUAUAUAUUACUUAUAUUUAAAAACUGUUUUUCAUUAAAUAUAUAAAAAUUUAUUAUUAAACAGGUAACUGUAUUUUUAGAUUAUUAACGACUUCAAUGAAAAAGCUAUUUCAAAUUAAAAGUUACUGAAUAUACUACUAUAAUCAUUUCUACUUUCAUAUUAUUUUAAUUUAAAUUAAUUUUAAUAAUAUUAUUUUAGCAAAUUGUAAGUUGAAGAAAACACAAUGGCAAACUCCAGAGAUAAUUCUGCAUGUUAUGGAGCUGAAGAUAAUAAUGUAUCUUCCAUUGCUGAAAUUACAGAUAAAGUGAUUAAACUUGAAGCUGACCUAUUGAAUGAUAGUAUUAUUGAAAUCCCAAAAACUGCUGAGAACAAAACCUUGUCCUCAGAACAUCAGGUAUAUAUCUAUCAUUGUCUUAUAUGAAAAUCCUAAUAUACAUGGAUUAAAAAAAAAAAUAGAAAGGUCUAAAAAAUGUCUUUGUUUGUUUUUUUACAGAAUGUAUCUGAUAGCAAUAUUCAUUUAAAUAGUGAAGAUAUAAAUAGUAAAGAAACAUUUUGUUGUAAUAUCUGUAAAAAGGACUUUGCAUUUGAAUUUCAUCUCGAAAACCACAUGGCAGAACAUACAGAACAAACCCAUUUAAUAGAUACAUCUCUGAAUCAAACACCGUUAAUGGAUACUAAUCUAGAUCAAACACAGUUAACAGAUACUACUCUAGAUCAAACACAGUUAACAGAUACAUCUUUGGAUCAAACACAGUUAACAGAUACAUCUUUGGAUCAAACACAGUUAACAGGUACUACUCUAGAUCAAACACAGUUAACAGAUACAUCUUUGGAUCAAACACAGUCAAUGGAUAUACCUAUUUUUAAAUGCAAUUUUUGUGAUAAAUCAUUUAAGUUAAAUUUUAGCUUCAAUCGACAUAUGCAAAAGUAUCACCCAUGUGAAAAUAGUGUUAGUUUACAUAAUAUGUAUGAGUGUAAUACAAAAUCUGAUAACAAAUCUGAAUAUGCUUUGAGUUUAAAACUUUCCAAAUUUAAUGGUAUUUGGAAAAGUAAAACAAAUAGUACUUAUAAGUGUAAGAUUUGUUUUGAACAAUUUGAUACUGAAGCUAUUUUGGUAGAACAUAUGAACAUACAGCAUAAUGAAGAUCAAACACAGUGUCAAGAUUCUUUAAAUAAAAAUUCAUUUAAAUGUCAAAAGUGUAACGUAACAUUUCUUGAACAAGAGAAUUUAAAUUGUCAUUUACUUCAUUGCACGAAUAGUUCUCGUAAUUUAUGGAACAAUUUUUUUGGUAGUGCUAAGAUUAAUGAAACAAAAUCCUAUGUUUGUACAGCUUGUGGGGUUGCUUUCAGUAAUUUAUUGUUAUUAAAAAACCAUAUGUCAUCAGAUUGCAAGUCUCAUACUUGUAGUUGUUGCGAAAAAACAUUUAUUACAAAAGAUUUAUGGUUUAAUCAUAUAACAGAUAAUAAAAAAUUUGAAAAGUGUGUACAAUUUUAUGCAGUUAAUAACAAAACGCCUGACAAAAACAUAAAUUUGGUUCAUAAUGAUUGCAGACUAAAAAUAAAGAAAGAAAAACUUUCAAACACUAAUGUCUCAAAUUGUAGUUCAGACAGUGCAGAAAGUAACAAUGAUUUGUUCAUACAAAGUGUAUCUCAUAAAUUAACAGUAAAUGCUUGUAACACAGAUAAAAAUUAUGAAAAAAUCUCAAACACUACUACAAAAAUACAUUCAAAUUCUACAGAUGCAGAAAAUCAAAGUAAUUCAUUUGUACAUGAUGUAUCAGGUGUAUCUAAUAUUUUAACUGUAAGCGAUUUUAGCAGAAAUAUGAAAAGUGAUAAUAUCUUGCCCAUAACUGUUACAAGCAGAAAUAUUUCAAUUUGUACGAACACAGAAAACAGUGAUUCAUCUGCACAAAAUUUAGAUGUGAACAAUUAUUCUGUUUUAAAUAUAAAGAAAGAAAAAAAUGUAUGUGCCACUUUAACGAAACAAACUAUUUCAGUUUGUAUGGACACAGAAAACAGCAGUGAUUCAAGUUCACACAAUUUAUCUGAGAAUUCAGGAGUGAACGAUUUUUCUGAUUUAAUUAUAAAGAACGAACAUAAUAUAUGCCCUUCUUUAUUACCUCCAGGAACUAGUAAUGAUUUUUUGGUAGACGCAGAACAUGUUCAUAAUUCAACGCAUAUGACUCACUCAUGUAAUAUAAUAGUGAAAAGAGAACCAGAGUAUUUAAGUGGUGGUAUUAUUGAAAAAACUACUAAAUAUUUUUCAGUUAAACAAUUGCCAAAUAAACAUUUUUCUCCUAUAGCCAAUGAUGUUAAUCGUAGACAAAGAUCACAGACUAAUAUUUAUUUAUUUAUCUGUAAUGUAUGUGAAAUGUCAACAUCUACAGAUAGAGACACAUUUGCAAUGCACAUGUCAACUCACAGUGAAUGCGGUACCCGUGAAUGUGUUGUAUGCAAUCAAGUAUUUAGUUCCGUAAACCAAUGGAAAAAUCAUAUGACCUUUCAUCAAAAACUCAUCAAUUUGCGUAUGUCAAAAUUAUUACAACGUAGGACAGAAUCUAGAAAAAGAAUGCACUCUAAUAAUUCAGACACAUCAAUGGAGCCUCAAGAACUUUUAAGAAAAAGAAAAAGUCAGUUUCAAAAUUCAUCUAUGAAUUUAGUAAUAAAAAAAAAGAACAAUAAAAAAAUUAAACGCAUGUAUACCUGUAAUAUUUGUUUUAAAAUGAUGCCUUCCGAGCUCACUUUAAUGGCUCAUCAAACACUCCAUUCUGAAUCACUUAAUACUGGACCACUUCAUUCUGAACCUCUUCAUACUGAACCUGUUCAUAGUGAACCUGUUCAUAGUGAACCUCUUCAUACUGAACCUCUUCAUACUGAACCACUAAAUACUAAACCAUUGCAAUUUUCUUGUAAAUUCUGUGGUCGGACAUUUACAACUAAGGGGGCAUGUACAAACCACGAAAAAAUACAUAACCACUUAGGUAAACCACACCAUAGCACAGUUGAAAAACCUAAACCAAUAUCAGAUGACUUGAUUGUUGAAAGCACUGAAGAUAAUAUUGCAUUUUGCAACUUAUGCAAUAAACAAUUUGGACAUAAAGGUGCACUAACCAAUCAUAUGAGAAUUCAUUACAAUUGCAAGUACAAAUGUAAUGUAUGCGGUAAAAAAUUCCGUACAAAAGAAAUUUUAAUGCAACAUAAUAAAAAUCAUUUAAGCAACGUUUUGGGUAAUACUAAUAUUGAGAACAACGAUCAAAUACAAAAUAAUGAGGAACACCAAAAUCAAAAUGAUGAUUGUGCUCAAUUUACUAAAAAUUCAUUAAAAAAGAAAUUAAAUAGUAAAAUAUUAUUAAAGAAAACCAAUAUGAGGUUUGUUUGUGAUGUGUGUGAGAAGAAAUUCUCUAAUGCAGCUCGACUAAUAGUUCAUAGAAAGUUCCACGGAAAUAAACCAUAUUUGUGUAAAAUUUGUGGUAGAUUAUAUGCUUACAAAUUUCGUUGGAAUACACAUUUAAAAAGCCAUCAUUUAAAGAGGAAAAAUAUUAAGAAUCCAAAAAGUAACCAUCAGAAUCAAUUUAAAUGUGGAAAUUGUAAAAGAGAAUAUAACAUAAAAUCCCAAUGGAAAAGACAUUUAUCACUGAGUAAAGAAUGUCGUAAUUAUGAUUAUAACAAAUCAAUGGAACGAUUUGAAUGUAAUAUUUGUCAGAAAUCGUACAGUACCUUUUAUAAUCGAAAAGUUCAUUUAAUAAAUGUUCACAAACAAAUAAAUCCUCAAACUCAUAAGAAUCAUAAUGAUAAUGAUAAUGAUAAUGCAGACAUUGAAAAUAAAACUAUUAAAGGAAAACCAAAAAAGUUAUUCCAAUGUAAGUUGUGUGGUAAAAGUUACUACAAUUCUGCAAAUUUAAGGCGUCAUCAUGAAUGUAUACAUUUAAAUUCAAAUAUAUAUUGCAAUAUUUGUAAAAAAGUUUAUAAACACAAAUAUUCUUAUCAAUUGCAUUUAAGACAAUCUAAAGAACACAAAGCACUCGAAAAAGCAAAACAUCCAAAACAGCAUAUUGUAUCAAACAACGGAAAGAUAACUUCACAAAAUGUUGAGAAGGAUAUAGUUCAAAGUACAUCAAACAAAUACAAUGUAACUACCAAGCAUCCUGAAAAUGUUACUCAAAGUACUUCAAAAUCGAAUAAUAGUAAUGAUUUGCCAGCCGAGUGUACAAUUUGUUUCAAAAUCCUAAAAUCUCAAUCAUACUUACCUGCCCACAUGAGACUGCACUCGGGUGUUAGACCAUUUAAAUGUAUUUACUGUAAUACAUGUUUUAGAUUCAAAUCAAAUUUAAGAAUGCAUUAUAAAAAAUUACAUCCUAAUAAAGAAAUAUUUAUAAAUUAAUAUAAUAUUCAUAAAUGUAUAUAUUAAUAAUAAAACUACUGUAAUUUAAAUCUAAAAAAAAAAAACAAUAUCAAUUUUACCCUAAAAUGAAUUUUUUAAUUUUAUUUUGUUGACUUAAUAAAUCAUGUAAGCAUAUAAGCGAUAAAUCAUUACAUAUAAUUAAUAAUUUUACUACAAACAAUUACCUAAAUAUAUAUAAAAAAAAAAAGGGGGUUUAUUGAAUAACGGCUUAUAAUGUAUUGUACAAAAAUAUUUCAUUAAUUUUAGAUAUUUAAUAUUGUCCUUGAUAUUGUUGAUAAAUAUUUCGGUAUUAUUAAAUAAAUACUAAAACAUACUUUAUCAAAUGAGUAUGAUCAGUAUCAUAGAGAUCAAAUCUAUAUAUUAAUUUGCCUAUUUGCCAUUUCUAUUAUAUAUUAUAUUAUAUUAAGUAUAUCUUGUGUCUCUCGUAACAAGUUUAAAUUUGUAUGUAUAUUAUUUAAAACAGAUAUAAUUUAAAAUUUUUAAAAUACAAUAACAUACUCUAUGCUAUUAGUUUAUAUUAAGUUGAUACAUAAACAUUUUUUAAUUUAAAGUACCUCCCUAUUGUAUUAAAAUAUGAUUGGUUAAGAAUAAUUAUUAAUUAUUUUGUCUAAUUUUAAUAUAUUUAAAACCAAUAAUAUUAGAUAUGUAAUGUGUGUUUUAACAAUAAUUAUGAAUUUAAGAUUCUUAUUUUUAGUUGUCUAG